UUAAAAAGAAUAGUUAAAGAAAGUCGAAAAUGAUUGGAUAAUAUUUUAUCGGUGAAGAGUGCAGGAAGAAAACAAUGUGAAUAUUUUAAAAAGCAGAAAUGGAGUAUUUGUAAUGGUUAUGUAAUGGGAGAGAGGAAAUGAAGUUUUGGAAGCACAUGUUCAGUUGAAAAAAAUAAUAUAAAUAGGUGUGCUUGGAAGGGAGAAGAAAGAAGCUGAGUUCAAGAUCGUCAAAGAUGAAGAAGAAGGAAAUAAUCAUCCUGGUUCCGUAUCCCGCACAGGGACAUGUCACUCCCAUGCAAAACCUAGCCUGGGCUUUCCUGGCCCAAGGAUUUCACCCUCUCAUUGUCCUUCCCCACUCUUUCCACCGCAUGAUUCACGGUCAGGAGGAGCAGGAGGACGGGCUCAGGUGGGUGGGCCUGGGUGAUGGAAUGGGCCAGGCGGAGGAAAGCCCAGAUUUCUUUGCGAUCGAAUCGGCCAUGGAGAAGAGGAUGCCGAGUGAUUUGGAAGGCCUGAUAGAGAAGGUCCGUGGAGAGGGUGGUGAGGUGGCGUGCCUGGUGGUUGACCUCUUGGCCUCUUGGGCCAUCGAAUCGGCCCACAGGUCUGCCAUCCCCGUUGCUGGGUUCUGGCCCGCCAUGUUCGCUUCUUACCUUUUCAUCGCUUCCAUUCCUCUCAUGCUCAACCGUCGUCUCCUUUCUCACAACGGACUUCCGCAACACGAGGGGAAAUUCAGCCUUCGUCCGGAGCUGCCGGUGAUUUCGACCGAGGAUCUUCCGUGGCUUGUCGGAACAGAAGCUGCGAGGAAAGCGAGAUUUAAAUUUUGGAAAAGAACUCUGGAGAGGUCAAGUGCUCUGAAAUGGCUGCUGGUGAAUUCGUUUCCCGAAGAAAGCAAACUGGAAGUGGAAAACAGGAAGAUGGGUACAGAAGGGUGGCCACGCGUGUUGCCUAUAGGGCCUAUGUGCAGGAAUGGGAUAGCGAAAAGUGUGAGCUUUUGGGAGGAAGAUUUGAGCUGCUUGAAGUGGGUGGCAAAGCAGAAGAAGAAAUCAGUUAUAUACAUCUCAUUCGGAAGUUGGGUGAGUCCGAUUGGGGAAGCGAAGCUGAGAAAUCUGGCAGUGGCGCUCGAGGCUUCGGGGAGGCCAUUCAUUUGGGUGUUGAGGUCGAGUUGGCGGCAAGGCUUGCCGAAUGGAUUUCUGGAAAGGGUUGAGAAGGAAGACAGAGGCAGAGUGGUGAGCUGGGCACCGCAGAAACAGAUUUUGCAGCAUGAGUCUGUGGCUUGUUAUAUCACACACUGUGGGUGGAAUUCCAUAUUGGAGGCUCUGCAGUUCGAAAAGAAAUUGUUGUGCUACCCUGUGGCAGGGGACCAGUUUGUGAACUGUGCGUUUGUUGUUGAGGUUUGGAAGGUAGGCUUAAAACUCAACGGGCUGGAGGCAAAGGAUGUUCAAGAAGGAAUUGUUAGGGUGAUACAAGAUAAGGAGAUGGAAGGACGAUUAAAACUACUGAAUCAAAGAAUCAUGGCUGGUAACAAUAACACAGGAGCUUCCAUGUUCAAAACCUUCCUAGAAGAUCUCAAGAAGACAUCUUCAACAACUACAACUACUCAAGAUGCAAGUGAAAUAAACAUUCCUUGUUUUUGAUUUUCCAACAACAACAGUAAUUGUGCUAUAUGUUAUAACUAUACAUUGGACUGAAAUUCCCAGCUAGAAGGUUGAGGUGGAGAGUUCUGAAACUAACGAUAAUGUUCUACUGUUCAGAAGGAAUAAUAAGCACUCUUCGGAAGGAAAAACAAGCACUUCAAUCUAUGUAUAUUUUUUAGUGGAAGUAUAAUAAUAUUAGUAAUUUCCCCUUUUGUGUGUAUUGCAAGAUAUUACAAAGUGGUGGUUUUUAUAUUAA